AUGCGCAGCAAAGUACCAGUAGGCAAGUCCUCACCUCGUCCUCACGUGCAGGCUAAUAACUACGGGCGAAUUAACUCGCCCGGCGAUGACAUCCGUGUAGCCAUGGCGAAGAACGCGAGCAAGGCGGCAAGUCCUACCGCCGCCUCCGGUGCGAGCUGUGACGGGGACGACGGAGACGAAGCGAACGGCGACGACGCCGAGGAGGAUUGGCUGGAGAACGGCCACGACGAUAGCGCUUCAGGCGACGAUGUAGGUCCUGCUGACAUCGAGGAGGACGACUGGUGGAAUCGGCCGGUCGGGAGCGACGACGAGGUGGAAGAGUGGCAUGCUGGUGAUUCCGACAACGACGGAGGUAAAGAUGCGCAUGGUAACAACGCGGAGGCAGCGGCGGAUGCACAGGAAGCGGCUGUGGAUGCGAAUGAGGAGGCUGACGACGAGGCGGGGGCGGAACUUGAGACAUUUGCGCCUGCGGAUGCGGCUGCAGUUGCGGAUGCGGAAGGCGAGGAAGGCGGCGACGACGACCCAUGGAGCUUUGGGACCGACGACGAUGUCCCGCUACUGAAGCGGAGGCUGCGCCAUUGCCUACAGUCCAAGUCAAAGCGGGCCCGCGUGGUGCUCUCUAACGACGACGGUCCGGGGGAGGAGCGUCGCCCGAUACUCACCGCUGCGGAGAAGGGGAAAGCCAAGGUCGCGGAAGCCCUUGCUAAGGCCCCUGCUAAAGCCCCUGCUCGUCGCCGCACAAGCAACAAGAAGCUGACAUCCGACGGAGACCCGGGAUCCAGCAAGGGUGCGGCUAAGAAGAAGGCGAAGAAGGCGCCGAAUCCUGACGACAUCGUCGUGAACGAGCCGCUGGGCAGCGACGAUGAGUACGCGGCGGCGGCGGGCCCGAUUCCCACGUUCCCUGAGAAGGUAACGCCGAGGGACCCCACCCUCCAUAAUUCCAACACCCGCCCACCUUCCCCUCGCAGCAAAGAUACGCGGCCCCGCCACCUCUCCUGA